UCCUACAGGACACAAUUGGCUGUUACACUGGUCAAUGAAAUUUCUCUUGUCAGUCACUUCCGUCUCUGUGUCAGCCCUGUAUCAAUACAUCCAGUCUUGGACCUGUCUUCUUCACCAAAACUUCUGGAUUCUCAUCGACAGAGGUCUUGUUGCCGUGCCACCUGCAGAGCCUGAGUCACCAGAGAGGGAGCGGGUGAGGGAGGAUGUUCUAGAAGCGCACAGGGGCCUGGCUUUACGCUCUGCACCAUGAACAAUGAGGACGAGUUUUACGACGCCGUCACAGGCUUAGAUUCGGAUGAGUCUUGUGAGGGCAUAUCGGAAGCCAGUUUUAAGGACGCUGUGGCAGAGGGCGCACAGAAGAACAAUGGCUCCGUGCCGCAGGAGAAUGGAAUCAGGACGCGCAGGAUUUCCUGCAGAACCUCUCUACCUGCCCCGAUGUUUUCAAGAAAUAACUUCAGUGUGUGGAGCAUCCUGAAAAAAUGUAUUGGACUGGAGCUGUCCAAGAUCACUAUGCCUAUCGUAUUCAAUGAACCCCUGAGCUUCCUGCAACGGAUCACAGAAUACAUGGAGCACACAUACCUCAUCCAGAAAGCCUGCCUGCAAUCUGACCCCAUAGAACGCAUGCAGACUGUAGCUGCCUUUGCCGUGUCUGCGGUGGCAUCCCAGUGGGACAGGACAGGGAAACCCUUCAACCCGCUGCUUGGGGAGACCUACGAACUCAAAUGUGAGGAUCAGGGUUUCCGGUUGAUCUCGGAGCAGGUGAGCCACCACCCCCCUGUCAGUGCCUUCCACGCAGAGAGUCUGGGCGGAGACUUUGCGUUCCAUGGAUCCAUCUACCCCAAGCUCAAAUUCUGGGGAAAAAGUGUGGAGGCCGAGCCCAAAGGCACCAUCACACUAGAAAUUCUCAAGCACAAAGAGGCCUACACAUGGUCCAACCCUUUUUGCUGUGUACACAACGUGAUACUGGGCAAACUCUGGAUCGAACAGUACGGCACCGUAGAGAUAGUCAACCACAGCACUGGAGACAAAUGUGUGCUGAACUUCAAGUCUUGUGGGAUGUUUGGGAAGGACCUCCACAGGGUAGAAGGCUACAUCCAGGACAAGAGUAAAAAGAAGCGCUGCGUGAUCUAUGGCAAGUGGACGGAGUGCAUGUGGAGUGUGGACCCCCAGACCUUCGAGGGCCACAAGAAGUCUGACAGGAGGGGUGGAGCUGACACUAAGAAACAGAAGCAGGAGGAAACGGGGGGAGAGAAUGACGAGUCAGACGACAUGCCAGAGGUGCAGGAGUCUGUUGCCGUGAUACCUGGCAGCACCCUGCUCUGGAGGAUAUCAUCUAGACCAGCCCACUCAGCUGAGAUGUAUAACUUCACUAACUUUACGAUUAUGCUGAAUGAGUUGGAGCCGGGCAUGGAGGGAUUGCUGGCACCCACAGACUGCCGCCUGCGGCCUGAUAUCAGAGCCAUGGAGAACGGCAACAUGGAUGAAGCCAGCAAGGAAAAGGAGAGGCUGGAGGAGAAGCAGCGGGCAUCCCGUAAGGAGAGGGCCAGAGACCAGGACGAAUGGUCCACCAGGUGGUUCCAGCAAGGUACAAACCCUUACACAGGAUCUCAAGACUGGUUGUACAGAGGCGGUUACUUCGAUAGGAAAUACACAGACUGUCCUGACAUCUACUGAUGAAGCGUGCAUGAUCCCUAUUUCUCCUACAACACACACACACACACACACACACACACACAUUCCAACACACGCACCAGUCCUCCACCGAGCAACAUAUCCUCUCUAACUGGAUCUCUCACAUAGUUGUCACUCCCUUACCACCUCCUUGGCCACUUGUGUGGAACAAUCGUAGGUUCACGGGUGGCUGAAUAGAUCUUUUUUUUCCUUUUGAAUGUUUUCUGAGCUGGCUGAAGAAAAAAAAUCAGGGAUUUGAAUGCUUAAUUGACUGAAGAUGAUGUGACCUUCAUUCCUUUCAUUAUUUCCAGUGAGAGGGUCUAAGUGAGAGAGUGGUAAUGGGAAGCACAUAUAGUGUGUAGUUUUGAAUUUUUUUUUAUAUCCAAAGUGAGGACGCUUAAGUGUCUUUUGGACAGAAAGAGUGAGCACUCCCUUAGAAAUUGUGUGUGUGUGUGUGUGUGUGUGUGUGUGUGUGUGUGUGUGUGUGUGUGUGUGUGUGUGUGUGUGUGUCUGUCCCCUCAAACCCCCAUCUUCCUCCCUUAUAGGACACGUGAUCCCUAACACACCAAUCGGAUCACUGUAUGGCUCAUUUUAAUCUUGUUCUGAGAAAAGGCAAGCCUUUGCUUUCAGACAGCACUGUCCCAUAAAGUUCUGCAUAUUAUGUUCACUUUGGUUGAAUGGUUUACUGUAGAAUGAACCCUCAUCUGCAUACUGUAAAUGUUCAGCUCCAGCAGCUACAACUGAGCUACUCAAUCAUGUUUAACAUCAGUGCUACUGACGAGAGAAAUAAUCAUGGAAAGUAUUAACUAUAAGGAAGGAACCAAUUACAGAGGUGUGUGUGUCUGUAUGUUAGUGGGUAUGCGUUAAAUGAAAACUUAAGCCAUAUAGUCCGUCUUAAUUUACAGGUACAGUUUGUCAUUAGUAGCAUCAAGAUGAUCCCAUUACAAUUCAAAUAAUCUAAAACUUAUUCAAAUGACAGUUAUUUUUUUCCCCCCUCUGAAUAAUACAUUUUGUUGAAACUAAAUAUUCAAACAGGAUAUGAAAUGUUAUAGUCUUAAAAAUGUGUCAGCAUUUAUCAGUAGUGAGUGUAUCUUCAAUGUAAAUAACUUUCACUGUAAAUCAUAGGUGCCUCAGCAUUGUCAGGGAAAUUUAACUAAGUGCAUUUCCAUUACUGCUUUACUUAUGUAAAUGUAAAAAGCCCUUCAUCCCCAUGAGCAGUACAGUUGUAUUUAUCGUAGCUAGAGGAAAAUACUAAUUUAUUAUUCAUGAAUUAGUGCCACAUCAAAGAUAAACGGUACCUGAUAAGAGUCCUGCUGGCUGAUUCUGUUCAGCUGGUGGUAUGUUGUUCUUGUCAUUAUUCCAUUAGAGUGUAAUGGUGUGUAGGUUGAGCACUAUUCUCAAAAGAUUCAUAUACUCUAUGUAUCUCACUUGAACCAACAAGAACACUAUGAUUAUACAUUGUUUCCAUGCUAUAAUAGUUAAACAAAGAUUACGAUAUUAGGUCUACUUUGACAAUGGCAUUCAGAAUCUAUGCAACCAAUUCAUAGUUCCGGUUAACAGCACAGUACAUGUGUACAGUGGACGUGUGUGUACAGCCUAAAAUGCCUAUAAAUACUUCAGUUUGGUUUCUGUUAAGGAAAUUGUGUCUAUCGGCAGCUUGGAACUGUAUAUUCUCAGCAUCGACUCGCACUGUAAGAAAUGGCCUCUUCUUUUUUUUUUUUUUCUGAAAUAUUCUUCACUUUAUGUAAAAUUUGUUUUUCUUUUUUUUCAUUCCAGCCUUAUUUUUAUACUGUUCCAAAUUACAAGAAUGUGUACUGCCAGCACUAUUUCCGUCAGGUUGAGAGGUUACUGUGUCCUUUACAGUUUUACAUAUAGAUCCGUUGAACUCUAGCUAUGAAGUGUGCAAAAUAAUUUCACAGAAUAGCAUUAAUAACGAGACUCUUACGCACAGUGAUGCUAGAUUUCAGUUUUCUGUAAAUAUAUAUAAUUUUUUUUUUCUCAUUCAGUGCCUGGAUAAAACUACCAAUUAAUUAACAUUCUCAGUAACACUAUAUUAAGGUUUUACCUCUCAUUCAAUCUAUUGAAGGUGUUUUAGAGUAUCUGAGAGGUUUCUGUUGCUGUCUUCUGUUGCUUUGCCCCCUGUUUGUUUAUGUUUUGAGUAAGGUGGAAGUACAUUGAUCUAAGCAGCAAUGUCAUCACAUUUUCAGAUACACUACUGUGUGAUGAAAUUGAUAUGUGGAAUUUAGCAAUACAGACAAUAUAAUUUUAAUAAUAACAGAUUAUAUGUUGCUUUGUUUGCAUUGACUGUGUUAAAUAUCUUAAUGAUGGGUUUACCAAUGUCUUCACUGUAUGUGGCAGUUGACCUUGUAAAGAUGUCUGUUUUUUUAUGUUCCCAAUGUUGCACAAAGAUUGUUAGUGUGCAGUCACAUAGCAUAUUCUUUUUGCGCAAUUGAUUUAUUUUUAUAGUAUUUAAUACUUUUACUGGUGAGAAAAUUAAUUACUUUAUUUGAUGAUGGGGGUUUUGAAUUGGGUCAUAUGUUAAAAGAGUAGAGUUCAGAUCAGUGGACUAACGGUAGGUGGAAGUCUACUAAAAUCUUAAUUUCACUUCUGAAAUUGAAACCUGUUCGUUUUUAAAUAAAAUCUUCGCUGGCCAA